AGUGUGCCCAAAUACGGUAGUGAAACGAUAUAUAACAACAUAAUUGGCCGCCUCAAAGCUCAUUUUCGACUUGUUGCCAGUAGCAAUCACACGAGCAGAAUAACGUACAUUAUGCUUUCCAAAACUGUACUGUUGUCUAUAUUAUCAACAACGACACUUGCUCGUAGGUUAUAUGAGGACAGAAUACCAAACGGAGACAAUGUUCCUUGCCCACCUGAUGCCGAAGGGUGCGUCGAUGGCUUAUGUCCAGAGGUAGCAUAUUCCACGUGUGUGGGUGGCGAUUCACCUAACAACCAAUUUGGACUUGACUUGCAAGAGAACGAUUAUGCGUGGACUAUGGAGUUGUGUUUGAAGGACAGCGACGGAGACGGAUUCACGAACGGUGAAGAACUAGGUGAUCCGUGUUGCGAAUGGAUGGAAGGUGAUUAUCCAUCCUUUGCCAACUUGACAGAGCUAAGCCAUCCUGGAUUCAGCAGUAGCGUGCCCGAGAUAUUAAACGAAUGUGCAGGUGACGCAGCUGAACUUGUGUGCGAAGAUGCCGAUGGAAAUCUUGUUGAAAUUACAAGCGAUGAGAUAGUCAACGGUACCGUACUAGACACCAACGGCACAGUACUGCUCAAUGAAACGCAGGUGGCCUCGUGUGUGCCUAUAACUUUCGAAAGCGAAUUGUUCCCCGCACUCAUCUGUACGGAUAGCGAAGGGAAUAAUAUUGAGAUUGACGAAAAUGACAUCAGUGAAAACGGUACCUAUGUAGUGGACGGGGAAGUAAUUCUUGACGAAGCUCAGGUAAUUGCUUGCACUCCGGCCGAAAAUGAUAUAGGAGUGGAUAUUGCAGGUAUUGUGGGUAUAGACAUUCUCGAUGAACAGAAUUUGAUCUUUUGCCCAGCGUUUAUCCCAACGUGUGCUACCGAUUGUGUGAAUUGCGAAAUCACGCUUGAGGUGCUCGGAGUCUCUUGUGCCAAGGCAACUUGCCUUGACGAAGAAUAGUGAACUCUCUUUUCGUUCUGAAAUCCAUAGACUUUUUUCCCUACCUCCGCGAUACAUGCAAGUGCAAACCCGCCCCUCUGCCGGAGCGUAUGUCUCUACAUAACACUUGGCACAACAACCAAUGUUGAAAAUAACUUUGAUUUCGAAUAUUUAGAUCAAUAUUCACCACCUUCGUGUUGCACUUCUCAAACGGAAAGUCUUCAAAAUAAACUGCAUCUUUAAAUAUAGAUAAAAGACGAAGAUUGAUUUGUACACACAAGAG